AUGGUGCUUCAUAAAAACAAGUGGGAUAAGAAGGCGACUCGCGCGCAUGUGAGAAAACUGAAAGCUCAGGGUAAAGAGGACGAUACCAAAAAGCCUCGGGGCGAAAAGAAGGAAGGGGAACAGCCUGGGACAGCUGGGCCCAAUAAACAAGAGUUCCCAAAGCUACCAGGGGCUGAAGAAGCAGAAUCAGAAGACAAGGAUUCACAAGACGAGGAGGCGGACGAAGAUGAAGAUGGAGAAAAUGGCGGAGGUCAAUUCAGUAAGCGGAAGAUGCAGAAUAAUGCAUGGAGAUAUGAGCAAGAGGAGGAAGAGCCUGUUCCAGGUGAAGAACCGGAGGAGCCCGAGCCCGAGCCCGAUUAUGUUACCAUGACAGUACAGCGCAAAGGCCAAUUCGAUGCUCCUAAUAAAGUUCCGGAGGAGGACUUGGACUUGGGUUUCCUGAAGGAUUUGCAGCUGCAAGGGCAAAGAUCCAGAGGAGCUGAAGGCAGUGAAGACUUUGGCGGAACAAAGGGGAAAGUCGUCAAGGUUGACCGCAAGCAGUUUGAAGAUGUCACAACAAAAAUAGCAAAGAACUCAACGGUAGACGCGUUUAGACAGAGAUUCGCGCCCAGAAAGACGAAGUCUCGUGUUGGAGGCGGGGGUGGGGGUACAGGGGAGGACGCACCGGACGACGACGUCGAUUCGUUCCUGGAAGAACUGAAAGUAGUCGAGAUCACCGCGACUCGCCCAGCUGGGUCACGGGAGAUAAGCAGUGAUCUUGGCAAGGGUCGCACCAACGAAGGUUACGAGCACGACAAGGACGAUGACUGGCUAGACGGCAUGUUGGGUGGAAGGUGA